AUGCAACCACCAGAGAAACGGAAACAUUCUUCCUUCAUUCAGGAACAUCUUAUAGUCAUAGAUAGCUCAUCAAGUUCAGAAGAGAGUUCUCCUUGUACUUCAAGGAAAAAGUACAAGAAAACACUCACUCGCAGGUGGGAAUGGAGUGAUUUUGGUUUGAAAUAUAGGCAGAAACGGAGUGAAUACCCAGGAGUAGAAUUUAGUAUCAUGUCAUACAAUCUACUUGCUCAGGACCUUUUAGAAUCUCACCCUCAUCUUUAUGCUAACAGUAACUGGGAGGUUCUCCUAUGGGAAUAUCGGAGAGCUCGGCUACUUGAAGAAAUUGAUGAACACCUACCAGAUAUUAUGUGUCUCCAGGAAGUUCAAUGCAAUCAUUAUGAUGAGUUCUUAAAACCAAAAUUAGAGAAACGAGGUUACUUUGGAAUCUAUUGCAAAAAAUCUGGCAAUCAAUCUGAUGGUUGUGCGACAUUUUUCAAAGUGCUGAAAUUUGAACUGCUGAAUUUCCGUCAGUUCUAUAGAAAAAGUAACAAAGUUGCUGGUGGUGAAAAACAGGCUGCAACUAUUACAUUGAAAAUAUGGCAUUACACUCUGUAA